AUGGAUUCUCAGGACCACAACAACAACAACACUCAACAAUCUUCAGGAGGAAAGAGCAAUGGGGCUCAUGUCUGCACUAAAUGUGGUUGGAAUUAUCCAAAUCCACAUCCUAGUGCUAAGAACCGGCGUGCACACAAGAAAGUUUGUGGAACCAUCAAAGGAUUUGAGAUCGUUGAUUCCGAAAAGGACAAACAGAAUCUUGAGGAUUUGCAGGAAGAACAUUGCUUGAAUGAUGAGCUAAAAACCCCAAGUCCAAGAACUGUGGAGAAAGCUGAUGAGAGAAUUGGGGAUAUACAUGAAGAAGAUGUGUUUGCAGAUGCUGCUUGUGAAUUUUCGAGAUCUGACUCUUUCAAGGAAAAGGAAGAGAGUACUAAGAAUUUUGGUGAAACUCAACAGGGUAACACUUCAUCAGUGGGUGGUGUGAUGAAAAGCCCUGAAGUGGUUCAAGAGAGCUGUGAAGUUCCACCUGUGGAAGUCCUUGAGACCCAUAACGUCUCAAGUUCUGUUGAAGUAGCUUCUGGUAAUCAACAAGGAGGAGGACCAUCUACUGAAGGACACUCUACGGCGGCUAAAACACUGACUGAGUCAUCACAGGAAGCUCCAGUCAUUGACGGAGGUGAUACCAUAUCAAAUGUUGGGUUAGCGACAGAAUGCAAAGGAAAUUCACAGGAUGAUUCUGAAGCUAAGUUAGCAUCUGCUUUAGGAAAGACACAAGAUACUUCUGAUUCAACAUGGAACGAUGAAGUUAUCUACUCGGAUGUGGAGGGUCCUCAUGGAUUUUCUUUUGAAGCAACGAGUAUGGUUCAUCCUGGUGAAGCUGACUGUGAAGGCAGUGGGAAUGUGCCGGUUGAUACUUCUCUGGUAACAGCCAAUGCAGCUCACGUUAUCAGCACCAAUCAAUCUGUUCCUGAUGACGCAGAAAAUGCUUUGCUUGGAGUCAAAAGCCAUGAAGAACAUGAAUCAAAUCAUUCGGUGAACCCCUGUCUUCCUGUCUCUGAGACACCUAAGGGAGAAGAAUGUGAAACCAACACUCUUACUACUGGCUCAGAGGUUACUUCAUCAGCCAAGCUUCUCUUGGAAGAAAAAACUGAACCUCAAGGCCAAUCUUCUUUGGUUGCAGAAUCAUCUAAGAAUGACCCUGAAGGUGUUGACAAAGAGGGUGAAUCAUCUUUUGGUGCUUCCAAGGAAACUGCUGAGUCAGAAACCUUGAGAGUGUCUCUACCUGCGGGAAGUCCUAUGGUUGCUGACUCGGAUGCUGAUGUGAGCCAUGCACCUAACAAAACUGGCGUAGUUGAUCUCACUGGUCAGGAGAACAGCCCAAAUAGCCAGCUGAGUUCUGAGUCCUCUUGUAUCGUUGAACACUAUUUUUCUCCGGUGUCGGUUGUAUUGGAUGGAGAGGAUGCAAGCAACCAGAGGAAAAGUUCAGUAGAAACAUCUAAAGACUCCAUCCUCCAAACCGGUGCUGAAGCCUGUGAAAGUAACGAUGAAGUUUACAGAGAGAGUAGCAAAGUGGGGCUUAUGGAGGAAAGCAGUUUCAUAAAUGUAGCGAGUACAAUGGAAACUCCUAUAAGCCAUUCUGGAUCAACAGGCACUGGACCUGACGAUGCUACUGUUAAAACAGCUGAUCAGAAGUUACCGGAAAGCGGAAGGACAGAUUUCCACAGAGUUGUUGGUGGCUUGGGGGUUAUUCAAGCAAAUGAGAUUGACGGUAAUGUUAAAGCACACAACUUUUAUGCUGAAGUCCCUGUGACAAUCGAAUCGAAUGACCAUCGAGAUUUUGGGAGACUGCAGAAUCUUUCAGAAGAGCACAUUAGAUCACUGGUUUCCAGUCCGCUAGUCACUAGAAAUAACACAUCUAAUGCGUUUGAAUCCAACUUGGGAUCGAUUUCAGGACCAAGUGGUGAAGCUGACAAACCGGACUACACAUCUCAGUCAUCAUCUCUUGCUGUUUCUCUGUCGAAGAACCAAGAGAUCACUCUGGAGAAGACAACAAGCUGGAGCACAGCAAAGGAGCAGCACGUCCCGCUGAAGAACCUUCUGAGUGAAGCAAGGUCACCAAGGCUAGCAGCAGAGGCAAAGAAGGAUGACGAGAGUAACGUACCGAGAGUGAGUUCGAUAUUGGGACAAGAGACUUCCCCUGAAGACGGUCGCUUGCCAGAGAGAAGAGAAGUGAGUGAGGAGUGGAAUUCACCAGCAAAGUAUCCAGUGGACUUGAAGAGACAGGAGAGGAAAGGGAAAGGAAAACCCUUUUGGGUGCCUUUUGUUUGCUGCUCCUCUGUUAAGUGA